AUGGUUUUCGGUGCUUUAGAUUUGCUCUUGAAGCUCCUCGCGCGCUUUGACCUGCGCGUCGACAUUGAGCUGCCGCCGGCGUCGCUCGAGUCGGACGGUCCGAUCAUGGAGCUGCUCUCGCUGACGAUGGAGCUCCUCCUCGCGACCAUGAUUUCGUCGCCGUGGAACGUCGAACAGAUGCUCCGUGAUUUAUGUAGCGCGGGCGGACUGCCGACCAUCAUCGAGAUCGCCGACCUCUGCCGCAAGUACCAAGACGGCUGGGUCUCGGAGGCAGACUCGAACUUCGACUACAUUGGCGGUCUCGCCUUCCGUGUGCUCCUCGCAGUGGCAAACACGGAGGUGGGCCGCGAAGAGCUCGCGUUCGAGGAUUCGGUCGAGGCCAAGAAGCCGUCGAUUCGCCCUGUUGUGCAGAUCGUCUGCGACCUCAUCACGAUGGAUCUGCUGCACCCGAACAUGACGAUCCUCGGCCUCGACAUUCUCUCGUUCAUGGCGCGGCACGAGACGUCCCAGACCACAAUCCUGGAGGCAUCGUCGGUCUUGUGGCAGUGCCUGCAGCUUCUUUUGCUGUACGGCCCACAGCCCGCCAAGCAGCAAGUCGUGUGGGCCGCUCUGCGCUGCGUGCGAGCGCUCGCCGGGUACGACCCCGAGUGCAAGGCCACGCCGAACGUACAGAGCGCGCUCUCGACCUUGCUGCCCAUUUGGUCCAAGCCGGCGCUCACCCAAGGCGACCCCGAGCACAUUCUAAGCCUUGUCUUUGGCGAGACGCACGAGCCACAGUGUAUCUGGAACGACGCCAUGCGGUCCGAGGUCGUCCUGUACCUCGACACGGUCCUCGAGUUUCCUGCCCACGCGUACGACGCGAUUCAAUCCGCCUCUGAGUUUGAAUUUGAGACGCUCAUGGGCGAGCCGAUCGUCGGGGGCGUGUACCUGCGUAUCUACAACGAGCCGACGGUCGACAAGAGUCUGCCGUCGUCGGUCGCCGUUGAGUUUUGCGAGUCGCUGCUCGUGUUUCUGCAUGAGCACGCGAAUCCGCAAGACGAGCUGUACGCCGAGACGCUCCUCGCGCUCGACUGCUUUCGGCACCUCACGCUCGCCCACCCGACGCAGGUGCAAAAGUGCGUCCUCGAGUCUUUCUCGGAGCCGCCGCUCAUUCACGCGAUCGGCCUCUACCUCACGCAAGACCCGAUGGCCGGCGGCGUUCCGCUCUCCGAAGGGUCCGUGGGUAUCGAUGUGGAUGCUGUCCAGCGCCGCGAUGCGGCCAUGGCGUGCAUGGAGACGCUCGCCGAGCACUGCGACGCGCAGGUGCUCUCGGCGCUCGAGCCGUUCUGCCAGCCCAUGCUCAACCUAGCCGAGCAGUACGCCGGUGACGAGACCGCCGACUUUAGCCUCGGGUGCCUCCAAGCGCUCUGCAGCGCGAGUGCCGACAUUUGCAUCGGGCUCCUCGAGAGCCACGUAUGGCUUCAACUGCUCUCGAUGACGAUCCAGGCGCGGCACUUUUACACGGAAGACGCGCAUUUGGCGGCCGAGACGCUCCGCGCGGCGGCGGCGCCGGUCUGGGGUGCGAUCCUCAACUUCAGCGACGAUAUCGAAGCACUGGGUGUCGAGAACCUCCGGCACUUUCUGCCGUUUGCGCUGGUGAGCACGCUCAUGGACGACCCGGAGAAUUUCGAGGCCGUCUUUGAAGAAGACGCGCACGACGCCGAGCUCAUUUGGAAUGAAGACAUGCGCCGCGCGCUGCGUGGACACAUGGACGAGGUGCUCACGCGCAUCGAAGGCACGACCGACGUCCACGACAAGUUCCUCUCGUUUCCGGCCGACGGCAUGGACUUCAACGCGUGGGACCACGGCACGAUCGUCGGCGACUUGUACUUGGACCUCUUUUUGCAAAAUCCGGAAGCGUCGACGCUCCGGUUUCCGGUGCACGUGGCCUCGCAGCUCCACAAUGUGUGGCGAAACCAGCUGCAGCAAAUCAUCCCCAAGGCCGCGCAGUCGAUGAUGGACGCGCCGUACACGCUGCCCGACCUUGUCGACCGCGGCGUCGAGUUUGCAGGUCUCUUCAACAAGCUCACGAACGCGCUCGUGUUCAUUUUGCGGGAGUACAGCGACGCCAAGGCGCACCUCGAAGACGAAGAGCACAUGGCGCAGAACCUCCUUGACGUACUCGCUCAGUGCCAAACCGAGCGCGCCGUGGGCUUCCCGCAGACUUGCGUGCUGCGGCUCAUGGCGGUGUUUGCCAACUCGCCGCUCUUCGAGUCGCCCGAGUGUCUUCGGUCGCUCUUCGCGCCCAUUCAGCGCAAGCACCAGGACCCGACGCUAAUCCUCGAGAUCCUCCGCGUCAUCGUCGAGAACCACUACAAGAAGCCCAAGCGCCAGCGCCGCUUCUCGGUCUACCAGUGCAUUACGGACUUGGACGUGUUCCCGAUCCUCCUCGCGUUCAACGAUGGCAGCGGUGACAUGAGCAUGGUGCGUCGCCCGAUGGACUGCACGACGCAUGCCAACGCGAUCAUGCGCUGCAUUUGCGCCGAGAGCGAAGAGAUGCAGCAGCGCAUGAACACGCCGCACGUGAUGCACGCGCCGACGCACGCGGUCGUCGAAGCCCCGAGCAACCUCCCGAUGGUGUCGCCUCUGCGCCGACCGAAAGCGCUCUCGAUGCCGCAAGCGCCGCAUGUUCACGUCCCAAACCGCGCGUCGAUGCCGUCGCUGCCGACGCCGCGGCAGUUCCAGCCGCCACCGGCCAAGCAAGUGUCGGUGCCGCCUUUGUACACGUCGCCGCCAAAGGAGGCACCGCCGGUGUAUCAGCCGCCGCCGGUGCAGUCGCCGGUGCAGCGACCAAUUGCACGGCACACGGUGCCGCAGUACAUGUCGCCGCAGCUACCGCAGCGCCAAGCGCCACCGCCGCAGUACCAGCCGCCGGCCAAGCCGCAGCCGCCCAUCCUCGCGCACCCGUACAUGCGCAACCAACACUCGGUGUACCAUCGCUCGGUGCCGGCGCCGGCGCCCCGGCGCAAGACCAUGUCCGAGGUAUCGAUCGAUACGCACAGCGUUUCGACGGGGGUGGACUCGAACCCGCGCCGUGUGCCAGCGUACGGCGGCUCGCAAGAGACGUAUCAGCUCGACACGCUCUCGAUGAUCUCGGGCUCAGAAGGCUACACGGACGACAACCUCCCGGCCGACAGUGAGUUUGAAUUUGAAGUCGACGACCAAUCCGAAGCCGAGGCUGGCGACUUCCGCCAAGAAGAGUACGACAUUUAGCGUCGCAAUAUCAAGUUCAUUUUGC